CAACAAACGCCGGGAAUGAAUGAAUCCCUCAACGUAAACAGAAGCACGUGACAGCGACGUCUCACCCGUUUGUUAUUUUUGAUUAGGGGAUUAUAGACUAUCCAACAGUCUAAACCCUUAUAAAAAGAAGGGAGAAUAAGUUAUUUUCGAGAAGGUUAUUCGCUCUGUUUAAGAAGUGUGAAGUCUUUUAUAAGAAGGAGGAGGAAGAAGAGGAGAAGAAGAAUCUCAGUGUUUGACGUUUUGUAGUUAAUUUCUUUCGGGUCGCGGGUUUUGCUUGCUAAGGUUGACACUCGGUGGUAUAGAUAGAUUCAACAUGAGUGUCACAGUGACCCUGGAAGAUGAGGUGCAGACAAAGUGCCAUGUGCUUUUGUAUGAAAUUGAAAAUGCAGCUGACGUGAGACAACUCAUUAUGAAGGGACAGGUUGAAGCUAGUCUCAUUAAACCGGAGAUGAUUGUGGACUCUUUCCAAGUCAUUGUUGCAGCUAACAAGGCUGUGCGGAGUAUGGCUCUCAAGAAGAUGACAACAAGAUCUGUUUUUGCAGAGAUUAUUUACAACUUGUCACCUACAAGAACU